AUGCUGUCCUUUUCCCGUGUGGUGGCCUGCUCACGGACCUGUUCCCGCUUCCUGGGGCUGAGCCUGGGGACCGCAUCCCUGUGUGCUGCUGGUGCCAACAUCGCACUCCUCUUUCCUAACUGGGAUGUGACCUACCUGAUGAGGGGCCUCAUUGGCAAGCAUGCCUUGCUGGGCUCUGGGCUCUGGGGAGGAGGACUCAUGGUAUGUGUUCUGGCAGCGACCCUCAGCUCCAUGACAGGCAGCUUCAGUAAGAGCGCACCCUGCCUGCGGGUGCUCACUGCUCUGUUGUCAAGUGGCCUGGCUCUGCUUGGGGCUAUGAUUUGCUUUGUCACUUCUGGAGUAGCCUUGAAAGAUGGUCCCUUCUGCAUGUUCGAUGUCUCAUCCUUCAAUCAGACACAAGCUUGGAAAUUCGGCUAUCCCUUUAAAGAUCUACACAACAGGAAUUAUCUGUAUGACCGUUCACUCUGGACCUCCAUCUGCCUGGAGCCCUCUAAGGCUGUGGUUUGGCACGUGGCCUUCUUCUCCAUCCUCCUGUGUAUCAGCCUCCUCCAGCUUCUCCUGGUGGCCAUCCAUCUUGUCAAUAGCAUCCUUGGCCUGUUCUGCAGCUUCUGUGAGAAGCGCUAG